GCACUAAGCAACGCCGCCCUACCCGUUCUACCAUCCUACCAACAGCCCGAUGGGCUGCUCUCAAUGAGCUCCCGCGCCAGUCCCCAGCACCAGCAGGUCGCUUCGCAAUCCACCGGCGACACCAUACAUAAUGUCCCCAACGCAGCCCUCCGAGGCGCCUCCAGCGCUUUCCUGAAGCCUCCCGUAAAACCCAAGCCGCAAGCAAAUACAUACACAGGUGGAGGAAAUGGGGCAUUGCUCGCCGCGACCAAAGUAGGCACCGGAUCGCCACGCAAUACAGCAGCCCCCUCUGGAACGACUACACCUCUGCGAAAGGACUGGACUGGCGGUAGCAGGUCGAAUGCAUCCCCUAUGCACCAGCUGAGCAACUCGUCGAGCUCAAGUACGCUUGGUAUACCGGAAGACAGCUCUGCUGAACGGAUACCCUCGCCGUCCAAUAUCGCCGCCAAACUAGCUGCCGCAAGACACACUGCGCUGAAGCCUCCUACUCAGGCUACGGUUACUCCCGUCAUGUCUGAGAAGGAGCAAAAUGAGGCCGAUGUCAUGCCUCCGCCCGGAAGCGUCGGAAAUGUGCUGGCAAGAUUAGACUCGGAGAAGCCUAAGCCAUCACACGCUCAGCGAACACGGCUUCUUGCUGCUCCGAGUCUGGCUAAUUCGGGGUCAAGUGCUCCUUCAAACGAUGCGCAAUCCACAGAUGAUACACCAAUUGCCCCUACUACUUCUCUCGUGAAGAUGUUUGAGCAAACUAAGCCUUCCGCCCCUUCCCGAGCCCUCUCACCGAUACCCCAGAUAUCCAAGUCUCCACCCCCUGUGCGAUCUCCUAAACCGCAACGCAAAUUCAAAAUGCCACCCGAGUCGAUUGGGGACGUGCCUCUGGAACAGCAAAGAAGGAAGACCCCACCUUUGAUCAAACCGAAACCGAAACCGAAACCACAAUCACAACCACAAUCACAAAUACACUCUUGGUCGAAGAGUGCUGGAGAAGAGUCCGCCUCCAUUUCGCUUCAUGAGAGACAACCCAGUGCACGUGCGCACUCUCCUACACAGGCGCCACGUGCAGCAGUCGUGAAUGCUGAAUCCCGCCCGAAACCACCACCUAAAAAGAUGUCUAGACAAUCACGGCCAAAGUCCGAGGAUAUGACACGCUCACCAGCUACCAAAAACAGGACGCUGUCGACUUCCACGAGCAAUCAUGAAGCUCCUUCGUCUCCGGCCUCCUUUGUUUCCGCUCGAGAAGAACAGGAGGAGGAAAAGCCUAAACCUGCUCUACCUCCUCCACGUCGUUCAACUAGGCAAAAAUCAGAAUUAACUGCGGAAAGUACUAGGGUGACAUCGCGACCUCCUGAACCCCAUACCACGCCGAAGUUGUCUUCUCCGAUUCCUCCUCCUCAACGUCUUUCUCGCCCACAUAGCGCUUCCUUCAGUAGACCUUCCACGCCGUCCAAAGAUACUAUUUACCACUCUAACUAUCAACGCGAAUCUGUCAAAUCCAUCUCUAAACAUAUGACCGGUGAAAGUCUUUCGAAUGCUAUCGUUGGGGCUGCCCUAGCUUCCUCUCGGAAUGCUUCUCCUAGCCCCGCUAAGCUGGCCACGCCUGAUUUCGGACGGAAACAGCAUCAUCAUCACCAUUCUCCUUUUCACCGCUCCCCUUCACCGCCAAAGCCGCAACCCACAGGAAAGCUUCGCUCAACCAUGCGCAGAGAUCCCUCUUCAUCCGAUGAAGAGGAAGAAACAGACAGAUAUAAACGUAAGGGCACCCGAAUCAUGGGCAUGGGCCGCAAGCAUCCAAACAAACACCACGAAGGCACGCGCAAACGAUGGCGAGACCAGAUUACAGAUCGCGAAAGGAAACGGUACGAGGGUGUCUGGGCGGCUAACAAAGGUCUCUUCAUAUCAGACACACCUACUCGCUCUCCACCCGGUGUUUCCGAUGAUCCGUUGUUAGAUGUUUCAGGCUUGGUGGUCAAAGAGAUUUGGAUGCGAAGCCGAUUGCCGGACCAUGAAUUGGGAGAAGUUUGGGAUCUGGUCGACGCGAGAGGUCUUGGCAGGCUGCGUAAGGAAGAAUUUGUGGUCGGCAUGUGGUUAAUUGACCAAAGAUUGAAGGGGCGGAAACUGCCUGCGCGGGUAUCUGAUAGCGUGUGGGGGAGUGUCAGGGGGGCUGGUGUCAAGAUUAGAGUCAAACCCAAAUAGAAGUUAGGGACCAUAUGAUGUGCUACAUAUUGCGGACGCAAAGGCUUCUUUCCGCCACGCGUAUUUGAAGAUACCCCUCGAAUUAUCAUAUAAUGUUUGUUCGUUUAUGUUCUAUUCGAAUCUCUUUCCCUCUACUGGUGGUAAAUGUCUCCUAUGCUUUAUUCAUACAGCCACAUUCGCAAUACAUUGGAU